AUCGCGUUGUGGCGUGGGGUGGCGGCCGUGCAGGCGGUGGAACGGAGCGUGGACGCUCACACCUCCCGGCUGCUCAACCUGGAGCGCCGGAUGGUGACCACCGAGAAGAAGUACCUGGAUUGCGAGAAAGCGGUGGUGGAUUUCGGGAACCAGUUGGAGAGCAAGCUGACUGUGCUGGGCACCCUCAUCCAGGAGUACGGACAGCUCCAGCAGCGCCUGGAGAACAUGGAGAACCUCCUGAAGAGCAAGAACUUCUGGAUCCUGCAGCUGCCCCCCAGGGGUGAGGACCCCAAGGCCCCGGCGGCGUUCGAGAGCGACGCCGCUGACUUUUCUGCACAAGAGUGGGAGAAUCUGGAGGACUGGCAGAGGGAGCUGUACAAAAACGUGCUGAGAGGGAAGAACGAAUCGCUCAUCUCUCUGGAUUACGCCAUCUCCAAACCUGACCUCCUGUCCCGGCUUCAGAGAGAAGUGCCCUGCAACGGGGACAAGGCGGCUUCGAGAGAGAUUCCGGCAGAACCAAGUCCAGCAGACUACAGCGUUCCAGAGCCGAGCUUCGCGGGCGCUGUGAAGCAAGAGGCAGAGCUGUGUGCGGAGGAGCGGGGAGCCACGGAGGACGCGGAGUUUAUCGAGCUCAGCGUGGAAGACAGCAUAAUCCAUAUUAAGCAAGAGGAAGAGUUGUGCACUGCAGAGCAGCAGGAGGAGGAGGCUGGGGAAGCUCCUGAAGAGCCCUGCCCGGGUGAUCAGACCAAGAAAGGCAAGGAGGCGUAUGCCAGGGAGCUGCCAGGCGCGGAGGGCGAGGACCUCCCGAGAGACCCUGACGCAGCAGGAUUUCAGACUUACGCAACCAAUGUUUUAUCGUGGAUUAAACAAGAGGAGGAGCCACGCUGCCCUGAACGACAAGACUCGGAGAAAGAAGAAAUCUCUACAGAUCCAAGUACAGUGCACGGUGAAAAUACGAAGAGGGACCCUCCGGCAGAUUGCUUUGAAAGCACGGUGUGUGACUCAGAGGUACCAGGAAGACCUGGAGAGAAGUUUUCCAAGGAUCCUAGCCCCGGAGCGACAUGGGACAGUCAGUGGAAUUCAGAAAUGAUAGAAACAAACACCACCGGGAACAGCCUUGUGGGUGACACUCGGUACGACCGAGGGUUUGGCGAGCACUUAGAUUUCUUCAGCACUCAGGAAAACAGUGUCAGCAAGAGACCAUGCUCGUACAGCAAAUGUGAGAGAAACUCCAGCCAGCACGAACAUCUUCAGACUCCCCAGGGAGCCCGAGAAGGGGAGAUGUUUCCAAGCCCUACGUGUGAGAAGAGUCUCAGCGAAAGGAUGUUCCAUUUGCUGCACUCACAGCUGUGUGCUCCCGGUGAGAAAGAAAUGAACCCCAUCGGGCAGGGGGCUGCUUCUGCCUCCGGCGAGGGGCUGCCUGCGGGGCCGCAGCUGGCGACUCGCACUGAGCGUGGACAAAACCCUGCGGGCGGAACCAGGCUUCGUGACCAUAACGGCCUCGUCGGAGAUGAGCAGCCAUCUGCGGAGAGCGAGGAGAACUUCCCUGCAGAAAACCUGUUGGCCGGCCCCUGCUGGGAUCACCCGCAGGACAAGUCGGAGGCGUGCAGCAGAUGCAGGCAGCACUUGGCGCCCAGGGGCAGCCCGGCAAGCCAGCAGCAGAGCCAGGGCCGGGGCAAGUCCUACAUUUGCAGCGACUGCGGGAAAAGCUUCGUUUGCCAUUCGUGGCUUGUCAGACACCAGAUGACUCACACCGGAGAGAGGCCAUACAAGUGUUCCGAGUGUGACAAAAGCUACAGGAGAAAGGAUUAUCUUCUAAAACACCAGCGCCAGCACUCGGGAGAGGGGCUCUUCCAGUGCCCCCUCUGCAGGAAAAGGUUUGUGCUCAGGAGGAGUUUCAUGAAGCAUCAGGAAAGUCACGUGGAGGAAACACACCUGACAUUGGCGGGUUGGCCCUGCGCAGAGAUCAGGGGGUCUGUAAUGAAUCAGGCGGCGGCGUAUAUAUGCACAGACUGCGGCAAAAGCUUUGGUCGCCACGCGGACUUGAUUCGCCACCGGAGAACUCACACCGGGGAGAGGCCUUACAGAUGUACGGAAUGUGAAAAAAGCUUCACGGAAAAACCGAGACUCACUAAUCACUUGCGAACUCAUAACAUAUACACGUAA